AUGGGUGUAAUUCUUGGAAUAAAAUUGAUUCUACGCGACCGAACUCAUUUCCAUCGAAACUCGUCUCGUCGGCUGAUGUCAGUCAACGGAACUUCUCGAAUAUUUCACACCGUUCUCGACGACAGUCGCGACUUUUUCCAGUGGAUCCUCGGGUGUCGCUACAUCCGAAAAGAGUCAGGCAUCGUGGACGGGUAGCUUGCGAAAAAGACCUUUCAACAAAGUUUUUUCUAGACUGAAGACAUUUUUCCACUUUUCGAAGCCCCAGUACUUGACGAUAGAAGAAAAUAAUGCAAAUUCGACAUUCUUUCUCAUCGAGGAGCCACAGACGCUCAAUAGCAAACUUGCCGUGUGAUUUUUUGAAUUUUUUAAUUUGAGGCAAUAAUGGUGGGUUGAAGAGAGUGUAGAGAAAGAGAGGCUUUUUUUUCUCUAGCGUUUCUUCAGCCAUACUGAUCUUUCGCUUCUUCUAUUCGAGAUUUUAGUCCUUCUGGGGGAUAUCAAGAGACUACAGAGAAUCAUUUCUAGUUCUCUGGAGUCUCUUCAGACUCUCUGUACUCUCGUUUUUCCCUUUUUGAAGAAAUUGAAGAUUUGUAGAGCAACUGCAGUAUGAAGAGACCUCAGAGAAAGAUAUUUUUAUUUCUCUGGCGUCUCUUCAAGUACGCUUAUCUCUCAGCAGAUUUUCCAAUCCUCAACAAAUUUCAAACCUCAGAAAAGCUCAUAAGCCCUAGUCAUACAAAAAAGAACAGUUAAAAAAAUACUUCGAGACCCUUGCCUAUUUCUUAACUAUGCUCCUUUAAAGUUAUCUUUUCAGAGUCCUCGGUAUAGUCGUGGCUAUUUUUGUCCUUUUCCUCAUCUCCGACACAAUUCUCAACUUUUAUCGAUCGAUUUUUAGCAUCAACGAUCCUCCCUCAGUAUAUAUUCUUCUCAAAGAAAGUAAAAUAAACUUGAAAUCAAAUCCAGGGAAUUUCGACCCCAGUGAAUCUGUCGCCGAAAAACAGCGUCCAAUUCCAGCUGCCAAUGAACCGAACAUCGGUUUUGAUGAAUGAGCCGGUUAAUUGUGUCUAUAUCCGGCCCAGUACCCCUCCGUCAACCAAACCGGUUUGAAAACCUGAAAUCACAGUUUUUUUAAAGAUUGAAUUAUCAAAAGUUGAACAGGUUAUCAUGGGUAUUUUUGAAUAUUUUUUUCAAGAAGCUCAAAAAAUUACUGAUUUUCUGAGUUUUUACUUUUUCAAACCAUGUUUCAUACCGCCAAAAAGCAAUUGAAUGACUUCUUGGAACUGAAAAGUUGAAAUAAAACACUUUUUUUAUUAAUAAAUAAUUUUUUUCUUUCAUCUUAAUGUUUCGUUUGAUUUAAAUUUUUUUGACUACGUUUUUUUACAUAUAGGGGCUCUUUUUGAUUAUUAGACGGUUUAGAAAAAUUCUAAUAAUCAGUUUUUUUAUCUACUAAAAUUAGUGGGAAUUUUUUUGAAAAAAACUACUUUUGAUUUAGACAUCAUUUUUCAAGGCUUUUUUUGUGACUUUCUAAAAAAAGAAAUUUCAAAUUGAGUGAAAUUUUUGAAAAAAAUAAAAAAAAGUACUGCUUAUGUUGAGGGAUAAUAUUUUAGACCGCAAAAAUUUUUUUCUCUGAAUAUGAGAACUUCAGUAGUUUCUGUGGUUUUUUUAGCUUCCGUUUUUUUCAAUAAUGAAGAUCGUGAGCCUCGGUUCAGUGCUACAGAUUUUAAAAAAGCUUAGUUUAUCUUUUAUUUUUGAGGAAAUGUUUGUGAAUUUCUGGGUUUAGUUGCAGCAACAAAGAUCCAUGGGGUUGCCGCUUUCCUCCAUGUCGCCGACCAGUUCCAUCGCUUCUCCAAUUCAAGUUCAGAUGGCCGUUUCCAAGUAUCUUUCUGUUCGAAAAAACUCUUAUGUGGAUUUCAGAGAAAAAGAAGUAGUCCAUGAGCAAGUCAAAGCGACGGCUACAGCUUCAGUUUCACAAGAAGCCAAGGUUUAUCUUUAGAUUUUAUGAGAAAAUGAAAAAAAAAUGUAAAAAUAAAAUGAAAAAAAGGUUUUUUUCUAAUUUGAAAGUGUUAAUCGAGUCCAUUUUUGGAAGAAUGAGCUAGUUUUAUCAAAUACUCAAAGCCACUAUAAAGUCCAGUUAAAAGCCUUGAAAGCCUAUCCGCUGCUUCAAAACGCUUCCGACCAGAAACGACUUGCGCUUGAUGGCAUGGAAAAGCAUCUCUUUUGAACUUACUCUUUGGUUUAUUUUUUUUUUUUUGGCUAUAUUUAUACAGUAUUGUAACUGAGGGAAAUAAUCAGAAAUCUCAACAUUUCAAAAAAAAAAUAUUGAGUAGAUUUUCCGAAUCUAAAUAAAAAGUUCUUCCAUAAAACGUAAAUCAGAGACGAUUUUUUACUGCCUUUAACAAAGAUUUUCCUCAGAGUUUCAAAAAGUUCUUUUCCAGAAAGCCGAGCCAGCAAAAUCCAACGAUUCUUGGCGCAAGAUCUGCGAAGGGAAGAGCCCAGUCCAGAAUCCCAUACAGAAAAUCCAAAAGAAAGCGAAAAAAGACGACGACACUGUGGACAUGGACUCGCCUUCCGAACGUGACGUCACCAUCGACGAGAGCCUCACUUCACCUCAAACUCCUUCUGAUGUCAAGAAAACCAGACCUUCCGCGGGGGCUGAUGAGGGUUUCAACAAUAUUGGCCUCGAUGAUCUGCCUUUUGACCUUCUUGAGAUUCUGAACUGGGCUUUGGUUUCGGUUAGUUCGGUCUUAUGUCUUAUGAGGCAAGAAAUAGACAUCUGAUAAAUCUUAAGGAGGACAACUGCUUUAUUUUUCAGAACAAUGAGCAGAAAGAAGCUUCGGUGGAAGAACUGCGCGAAAUCCAAGACAUCAUGGGCCAAAGUUCCGAAGAAGAUGUGCGUCAAGAAACGGACAAAGGCCCUUCUGGAAAGUGUUACGAUAAAAUUGACGAUCUUCUGGAAGUUAUACGAGCUUCAAUUGACACAGCUCCUUUCUCUCCUUCAACUGCUCAACUGGAAACUGAAGCCUCACUCCUAAAAUCCCCCAAGAUACAUUGGAAUCAAGAAAAGAAUCAGAAAGAGCAAUCGGAUAUUGUCUUCAAAAACUACAAUAUUCUGGAAGAUGGAUCAGAUAGAAGUUUCGCGUCUGGAGACGCUUCCGAAGUUGUUUCGGAACUAUCAAUUGAAGAAGAAGAAGAAGAAGAAGAAGAAAUUGAAGGAAUCGUGGCGAAAACAAACGGAUGAGGAGCGCUUCGAUAUUUUAAUCGAUGGUGAUUUUUUCAAUUUUUAAUUGAAAGUUGAGCAUAAUUUUCAUUUUUCUUUGCUAGCUGGCGUCUCUAAAAGGGCUUUUUCGAAACUUAUUUCUAAUUUUUGAAGUUUGUUUCCUUUUUUCAAAAAAAAAAAAAUGGAACCGCAAAAAUUUAUCUGAUUCACAGCUGGCUUCUAAAAAAAGGUCUUGACACGAUAAUAAAAUACACAGUGCAUGGUUUAUGGAGAGCGCAGACAGGUCAUUUCCAAGCUAGCCGUGAAUCGACUCGAUCCAGUCCCAUUUUUUGAGAUUUUGCUUUUAAUUUAAGUUUGAAUGGUCAUAGUUUUGGGUGAUAAGAAAUGGAUUCACUAUUCCGAAAUGAUUACGAUAGUUUCGUUCAGAAUCACCGUUUUUCACCGACUCGGAGACGUUCACGACAGGUUGCGUCAAAGUUUCCGAAGAAUGUCAAGGAUCUGCCGUCGUUCGCUUCCGCUGGACUGAUUCAGCGGCGCAAAAUGUACUUUCAUUCAUCUAAAAUUUGAUUUUUCUGGUCCAAAUUUUAGUGGGAAUUGCUAGGUACACAAAAAUCGGAAUUUGAGCUGCUCGCCUUCACAUAAAGCUAUUGAAAGUUGAAAAAAAAAGUUUUUUGGGAAAAAAAUGAAUAUAUUCGUCGCUUCUCAAAGCAAAAAAAAAAAAUUCUUCAAACAAUUUUUAACAACUACAAGUUCGAUUUUUUUUUUUCGAGUACUCUGACCUGGACUUAUUCAAUAGUGAACCAUGAAAUGGAGAAACUGAUUCCUUUUUCCGUCAAUCGGUUAUAUGACAGAAAAAUACAAGCGAGAGAGUGUGGAAGUUGAAGAGAGUCUUGAAUAAAUUCCACCUGCGUCUAUUGAGAUCCCACACUCUCUCUUUUCGAAUAAUCAAAAUUUGAAUGUGAUCAAAAACGGGAGAAAAAAGAAAUUAAGGUAACCUUGACGGGCUCAUUUUUCGGCUGGAGCUUGGAACUGCCGUUGAUCAAGUCUUCUGAUGGGUCAGUCCAAUCAUUUCCAACAUUUUUCAGAUUUUCACAUCAACAUUUCCAGAUCAUUUUUUGCGAUAUCCCUAACCUUGCCCACCGGUACACACGAAUAUAGAAUGGACAUUUCGCCCAACUAG